GGUCUACGAAUGUAUCCUCACCAUCCAUUCAAGCUCAUCACCAACACCUGCGAUCUCACCGUUGACGCAGUACUGUUACAAGACUUUGGCAAAGGCCUCCAACCCAUCGCCUACGAGUCACGAAAGCUGAACACGGCCGAGCGAAAUUAUCCUGUCCACGACAAGGAGUUACUCGCCAUCAUUCACGCUUUCAAAGUCUGGCGCUGCUACCUGACAUGCGCUGACGUGACAGUCCGAAAAUACCACAAGUCGCUACAGUUCAUCCGUUCCCAACCGACACUGAAUCACCGACAGAUUCGCUGGCUCGACUACCUCGAGUCCAAUUUCCACUACGAAGUCACCUACAAACGGGGGUUUAGAAACAUCGCUGACGCACUGAUCUGCUCUUCAUCAUCCCCAACUGACGGACAAGCAAGGAGCCUACUACCUAAAAUCCGGUACCAAUCGGUUUGGGUUCUCGCCUACCAUACCGUACGGGAAUUACUGAUCCAGGAGGCACAUGACUUGAAUUUCCCGGGUCACUACGGCAUCGACAAAAGCUCCAAAUUACUGAGUUGUAAUUGUUACUGGCCCGAUUUGCCGACAGACGUGCAGCUUUACGUCACCUCCUUCGCCACAUGUCAACGCAUGAAGUCUUCCCGGCUUCGACCUGCUGGAUUGCUGCAGCCAUUUGAGCCACCCAGCCGACCGUGGCAACAAGUGACGAUGGAUUUCGUCACUGGCCUGCCAGCUGGUCCAAGCAAUAAUGACGCAAUUCUCGUCGUCGUUGACCGGUUGACCAAGAUGGCCCACUUCGCCGCCUGCAAGACGAUGAUUACUGCCGAGCAGAUAGCGAAAAUGUUCCUCACGAACAUCGUGCAGCUACACGGCAUUCCUUUGGCAAUCAUCAGCGAUCGUGGCCCACGGUUCACGUCCAACUUCUGGACAAAAACCUGGCAGCAGUACGACAUACGUCUACAUCUGUCCACGGCGUACCACCCGCAAUCGGACGGUCAGAGUGAGCGCACCAAUCAGACGAUGGAGCCGCUGAUUUGCACGACGUGCACAGAUCCGGCCCAAUGGGAAGACGCCUUUCCCUUGAUCGAGUUUGCGUACAACAACGCCCCAUCGGCCACGACUACUCAGUCCCCGUUCUUCCUUAAUUACGAGAUAGAUCGAACAACCCCUUAUCGCCCCCAAUAGUAAAUCCGGCACCAAGGUCUCAGCAAG